AUGAAUAGCAGCAUGAGGAGAGUGGACGAUGAUGAGCAGACAAAGGAGGAGCAGAACGGAGGAUACAGGCACUGCGGCAUGGAAGGCAUUCAGCGCGGACUGUACACAAACUGGUCAGUUGAUCUUGAGCAUUGCGGAAGAAAGAUGGAAGUGGACGAGUGGAAGAUGAGCAGUCUUCGUACAGAUCUUCGCCAACAGUUCCACGACAAUCAGCCUCCAACUUGCGAUGAGACGUCUUCACACCGACUUAAAGCUAGCACAACAACACACAAACAGACACAAGCACUUUUUUCUGUUAGACUAACGCACAAUUGGAACUGA